AUGCAGUCCCUGACCGAGGAGAUCCAGAGUUUCUCUCGGACGCGGCUGAGGAAGCAGUGCACCCGUGUGACCUCACUGAGCGGCCGUCGCAUCAUCGAGACCUGGAAGGGUUCGACGAUCACCGUGGUCGAAGACCCUGCCCCCGCGGAGAAGACGCUGGGAUAUGUCCCCGACACCUCCUGGGACCUACGGGUCGGCAUCGUCAAGCCCUACCUGCUGCUGGGUUCUCAAGAUGCUGCACAUGACUUCGGGACUCUGCGAAAACACAAGGUGUCUCACAUCCUGAACGUGGCCUUCGGUGUGGAGAACGUGUUCCCUGACCUGUUCAUCUAUAAGACCGUCAGCAUUCUGGAUCAUCCCGACGCCGAUCUGCUGCUUCACAUCCAGGACUGCUGUGACUUCAUCCAGCAGGCUCGCAGGGAGAAAGGAGUGGUGUUGGUCCACUGCAACGCCGGCGUGUCCCGGGCACCGGCCGUGGUCAUCGGCUACCUGAUGUCAUGUGACGGCCAGUCCUUCGAUGAAGCCCUCUCAUUGGUCAAAUCAGCUCGACCCGCCUCCUCACCUAACCCCGGCUUCCUUGACCAACUCAGGAGCUGCAAAAUGCCGACGAUGAACGGAUCCAAAUGCUAA